UCCAGAGUAUGCUGUUUCAAACUUCCGCGUAGUUCGUAAUGCAAGUGGGAAUUUCCCGUGUGUUUACCUGAUUGAAUAUCAUCUGACGCAUAAGUAGACCGUUUUAUGACAGUGGUUUUCGUUUGCGAUUUGUUUUUCAACUUUGUUCUUGCUUUCUCUUUCAUGGAUUCACAUUGAACGGUAUGAAACAUCACAUCACUAGCAAACAUGGACUUAAAAGCAGUAUGUAUGCUGUUGCUACUGACAACGGUGAAGGAAGCCAGAGGCCAAACCAAUGCCGGUCUAAAGCUGACGGUUACUAAGGAGAUAUUGGACAAAGUGAACGCCAUGGAGCUUCAACGCCUGCAGACACUUCUGACCACGGUUAAGCUAGACGAUGCCUAUGACGAUGGGGGAGACUUCUCCUGGAGGAUCUCAGGUAUUCAAAUAUCCAGUGCGGGGACGCUAAGUUCUAGUGUGCAGUUACGGACCGGAAGUUUCAGCUGGUCCCUUCAGAUCAGCAGCCUUGAGAUAAACGCCAACUGGAAAAUGAAAUAUGAUCCAGGCCGCUGGCUCCCCACAGUGAGGGAUAGCGGCAGGCUAUCUACCAGCGUACGUCAGUCCGGGAUCACUUUAACCGUUCAGCCGGUUGUUGAGACCGAAAGUCUACAAGUGAACCUGCAGGACUGCUCCGCCUCUCUUUCCGGUCUGGAGGUCUCCUUUGGUGGAAGUAUCCUCAGUCGCUUCUAUGAGUUGGUCGCAAAUGCUUUCGAAGGCGACAUUCGGCGACAACUGGAAAGAGCGAUCUGCAAAUCGAUUACCAGAUCCAUGGGAGACGUGCGCAAGACGCUGACCGAUGUGCAAACAACCUCGAACGUGCAUGUGUUCAAUACUGAUUUCACUGUGGACUAUGGUGUUGCAGCCGUUGAAGUGACCAGCGAUCAUAUAGCAACCUUCCAUAAGGGGACCGUCAUCUUUGCUGGACAAACGUUUCCAGUUCAUGUGACCCCUUUUAUACAAGCCAUGCCUACAUCAGGUGUGAGUUUCGAUCUGGCGGAGGAAUUUUUCAACAACGUCUUGACGACUGCCUUAAAAAAUAAUUUCUCAGACGCGUUUGCCGACUACGCGAAGGUUAAACGCAAGAACCUGAAGUUUAUGUACCUGACGUGUGACAACGCCUUCUGUCUUGGUCGUCUGCUACCGCAGGCGAAGGACCGGUGGCCAGAAAGGGUGGUGGGUGUACGUGUGUAUGUGAGUGACUCGAACCUGUCACUUGACACUCUGGGAGCGACCCUGAACAUCCGGGGCCGCUUCAAUUUUUCCGCUGAAAGCGCCACCGAAGCGGAUCCGAUGUUCUCCGCCAUCUUUGACUUUGCGUUGCCAGUACAAGUAAAAUUCUUCAACGGUUUUAUUUCUGCUAAGCUUGCAAAUGCUAGCGGACAGAUUGUUAUAGACCAGUCACAUAUUGGGAAGAUUCUGAUUCCUGGACUGCGAAAUCUCUUUGACGUUAUGACACCGAAUUUUACUCGACUUGGUGUGGAGACCUUGAACUCGUCCCCGGUGUCCACUGAACUGAAACUUCCGAAAGACGUCAUGUUUCAAACCAGCAGUGUACAGCUGUUUCCGAAAAAGCUACGUGUAAACGCAGACCUCUGUCAGAAAGGUACGUCCGGUUGCUCCUAUUCCGCCAAGGACGAAUGGGUGGGCAGAAGCGACGGUGGAGCGAUUAGUGUUGUUGACACUAUAACCACCACCACAAGUACAACCACAACAACCACUACCAUACAAACACCAACCACGACAAUCACAACCACUACAAUCCGGCAAACCGCCAUAACCACGACCACUACAACGCCGAGGACAAGUACGACGCAGAAGCAAACAGAAGCACCGACGACCAAACCUGCAACCAAAUCAACAGAACCAACAUCGAAGCCAGUUACGGUCAAACCACCCGAACCUUCUACAGAAAACGCCCAAGCCACAAAUUAUGCACCCAUGUCCUCACCGAUUAUUACCACGUCGAUAAACAAACAUGAUCAAACACCUGAUACGGUUUUGAGAUACAACGGUACGCAUAAUACAAAUAACUCGACGCGCCGCCUUAUCGUUGAUUUAUCUAUCGGAAAGAAAUCGGCCAACAGCCCGCUAACUUCAACCAAGAACCCGGCUAAAACGAACGGAGCCCGUGCUAUGAACAUGGCCUUGCUUUUGCUACUCGUGUGCAUUGUUUUGUCGAAAUUCAAAAACUUUAUUUAAAACUGCGAAAUCACUUAUUUCAGUUCGCUUGAAAACACAAAAGAACGUUUCAUUCGGCUGAAAUCAACAAAAUAUAUGUUAAAAGCAGGAAUUCUUGACAUAGUGUAUACUCCUUUAAAUUUGUUAAAUACUCAACUUAUAUACGACUGAUAUUUACUGGUAUUUAAUUGCCAUUAUUAAACAGUUCAAAAUACUGAAUACUGUCUAUAGAUGUUCUGUAUGUGUGCUAUAUCUAUCAUAUGUGCUCGAUCCAUCACAUACGUAUAUUGUAUAUAUCAUAUGUGCUCGAUUCAUCACAUACGUGUGUUUUAUAUAUCAUAUAUGCUCGAUUCAUCACAUCCAUGUGUUGUAUAUAUCAUAUAUGCUCGAUUUAUCAUAUAUGUGUGAAUGUGUGUUGCAUCUAUCAUAUGUGCUCGAUUCAUCUCAUACGUAUAUUGAAUCUAUCAUAUUUCCUCAAUUAAUCACAUAGGUGUGUUGUAUCUAUCAUAUUAGCUCGAUUCAUCACAUCCAUGUGUUGCAUCUAUCAUAUAUGCUCGAUUCAUCAUAUAUGUGGGUAUGUGUGUUGUAUACAUCAUAUGUGCUCGAUUCAUCUCAUACGUAUAUUAUAUCUUUCAUAUUAGCUCGAUUCAUCACAUAUGUAUGUUGUAUCUAUCAAAUGGCUCAAUUAAACACAUACGUGUAUUGUAUCUAUCAUAUGUGCUCGAUUCAUCACAUACGUAAGCUGUAUCUAUCAUAUAUGCUCGUUCAUCGCAUACGUGUGUUGUAUCUAUCAUAUGUGCUCGAUUCAUCACAUAUGCGUGUUGUAUCUAUCGUAUAUGCUCGAUUCAUCACAUACGUGUGUUGUAUCUACCAUAUGUGCUUGAUUUACCACAUACGUGUGUUUUAUCUAUCAUAUGUACUCGAUUCAUCACAUACGUGUGUUGUAUCUAAAAUAUGUGCUUGAUUCACCACAUACGUGUGUUGUAUCAAUCAUUUGUGCUCGAUUCAUCACAUACCUGUGUUGUAUCUAUCAUAUGUGCUUGAUUCACCACAUACGUGUGUUGUAUCUAUAAUGUGCUUGAUUCACCACAUACGUGUGUUGUUUCUAUCAUUUGUACUCGAUUCAUCACAUACGUGUGUUGAAUCUAUAAUAUGUGCCUGAUUCACCACAUACGUGUGUUGUAUCUAUCAAAUGUGCUCGAUUCAUCACAUACGUGUAUUGUAUCUACCAUAUGUGCUUGCUUUACCACAUACGUGUGUUGUAUCUAUCAUAUGUGCUCGAUUCAUCACAUAUGCAUGUUUUAUCAAUCAUAUGUGCGCGAUUCAUCACAUAUGUGUGUUGUAUCCAUCAUAUGGGCUUGAUUCAUCAUAUAUGUGUGUUGUAUCUAUAAUAUGUGUUUGAUUCAUCUCAUACCUGUGUUGCAUCUAUCAUAUGUGCUCGAUUCACCGCAUACGUGUGUUUUAUCUAUCAUAUGUGCUCGAUUCAUCACAUAUGCAUGUUUUAUCUAUCAUAUGUGCUCGAUUCAUCACAUAUGUGUGUUGUAUUCAUCAUAUGGGCUUGAUUCAUCAUAUAUGUGUGUUGUAUAUAUUAAAAAAAGGUGUAUUUGAUUCAUCACACACCUGUGUUGUAUCUAUCAUAUAUGCUUGAUUCAUCACAUACCUGUGUUGUAUCUAUCAUUUUUACUCGAUUCAUCACAUACAUGUGCUGUAUCUAUAAUAUGUGCUUGAUUCACCACAUACGUGUGUUGUAUCUAUCAUAUGUAGAUAGAUUCUUUAUUUCCUCCAUUCAUGGAGAGCUUAACACAUUUACAACAAGUAUUUACAUCAUUAAUGUAUACAAUAGAUAAUAAUAUGUGUAUAUUAAUAUAUGUACAUGCAUAUCAACAACAAUAGAGAGACGAUUUUAUAAUUAGACACUCACAAACUAACAAACUAGUCUCAGCAAUAGGAUUGCUAAUUGAUUAUUCAGGCGAUUGUCAUCUGUAGUUGAUAGCGUCAUUUGAAACAACGUUACGAUUUGUUCUAAUGGUGUCUUUCGUAUUAAUUUAAUAAAACACUGAAACCCCUUUUGGUAAAUGACAGCAUCUCAAAGUGAUUCACGUAACAGUUCCCUUCUCGAACAAAAACACACUGAAUGAAGUAUUUCGAUUCAUCACAAGCGUGUGUUGUAUCUACCAUAUGUGCUUGAUUUCCCACAUACGUGUGUUGUAUCUAUCAUAUGUGCUCGAUUCAUCACAUAUGCAUCUUUUAUCUAUCUUAUUUGCUCGAUUCAUCACAUACGUGUAUUGUUUCUAUCAUAUGUGAUUAAUUAAGCACAUACGUAUGUUGUAUAUGUCAUAUGUGCUCGAUUCAUCUUGUACGUAUGAUGAUGCUAUCAUAUGUGCUCGAUUCAUCAUAUAUUUACGUUGUAUCUAUCAUAUGUGCUCGUCUUAUCACAUACGUAUGUUGUAUCUAUCAUAUGUGCACCAUUCAUCACAUAUGCGUGUUGGAUCUUUCAAUGACAUAUGUCAUCGAUCUGCAUUAAAUAUAAAUUAUUGUUAGACAUCGCUUACAAGUUUGUUAUUAGUAGUCAAUGUUAUCACAUUUUCAUCGUUAUCUAUUCCUUAGCGUAGACGAUAUGUAGAUUUUAUCAUCGCUCGAACUCCUAUCGUUGAAUGACAUGCCCGUUUAAAUGAUCUUCCACAAAUAUAUACUACGCAGCAAUUUGCUCUUGUUAUCAAAUCGUUGGUAUAAAUGUAUGUAUUUAAUCUCAACUUACUUAUAUAUUUAAAAACCCAUAAGCACUAAAAAUCAACGAAUAUUUGGUAAACUAUCCCGAAAAAUAAGGUUAACAUAAAAAUGUUCUUUAUAGCAAUAGCCGAAAUUUCAACGCUACAUGUGGUCUGGAAACAAAGAUUUCACACCAUACAAAACGUCUUUUUUGUGGGACAAUAUAUUCAACACAUGUGCGUUUUCCAUAUUAGCUUUCGUGUGUCGUAUGAAUGUAUAUCUAUGCUGGAAAUUAACAUGGAAAAUAUUGUGCCACAAACAAUAAAAAACGAGCAUUUUGUAUCUCGUUAAAUUUAUGUUAGAAUACCACAUCUAGCGUUGAAAUGUUGGCUUUUUCUGUAAUGAACACUAAUUUUUUAAGGGUUAACUUUAUUUUGCUAAAUAUUUUGCGAAAUAUUCGUUGAUUUUGAGUUUUUAUGUUACUUUCAAGUUCACAAUAUGGUGCAUGGUUCAAGGACUGGGCUUUCAGAUUAUUAAAUGUACGAAAGUCAUCUGAAUUGAACACAAAUUGCACUUGAACGAUCGCAGAAUAUAUAACGUAUGUUUGUAAAAUAAGACAUUAAAAAUGUAAUGCAA